GUUCUUCUGCUAUAUUUCCUGUUUUCGGUAUCAAAUGCACAAUAAUUGACUGUCUUUACAUUUGGACAGACACGGAAACAAUACCAACUGUGACGUUUCAGCUGACAAAGGGAGUGGAGCUUUACCAUUGCCAACACAUCGGGUGCUGUUGUGUUUUAGAGGGCUGUUAAGUUAUUAUUAAAACAUAUUUUGUACCACGCACCUCGUUUUAUGUUCAGGCUGCUGAUGCUGAGAGGGAGAGAGAGAGAGAGAGAGAGAGAGAGAGAGAGAGAGAGAGAGAGAGAGAGAAUGAUGGGGGAGUGUCUCAUCUCUCAGUGUUCGCUUUGCUCAUCGCUGCAGAGCUCCUGUGCCGAUCUUGCCAUUGAUGUUUUAAGAAGAGGAUGACAAUGAAUUAACCUUUCUCAUUGUUUGACCUGCCACUUGGUCAUUGAAAGCCUACAGAUCCCUUACAAGCAACAUGAUUCUGACAUUUGGCUUGCUGAUGAUAAAUAAUAACAUGCAUGACUGAAAGAAAGUGGUGAACCCACUAUAGCAAACCUAUUCAGGCUAAUGCCUAUUUCUUUUGCUAUUUUGGAAUUGUUUUAAUGGACCAAGAGCUGUGUAGUUGUGGUCUUUGAUACCAUGGGUUGUGGAGGCUCCAGGACAGAUGCGUUGGAGCCGAGAUAUAUGGAAAGCUGGACCAAAGAGACAGAGUCCACUUGGCUGACCAGCACAGACACAGACAUACCCCUGUCCUCCAUCCAGAGCAUUCCCUCAGAAAACUCUUCAGAAGUAGGCUUCCCGUCAGAGAAAUCCGCCAACCUUGAUCUGUUUGAUGAUGGCCUGCCUGCUCCAGCUCAGGCAUAUCUGAAAGUGUGUUCAGCCAUGUCCGAGGUGGGUCUUAAUGACAUGAAAACGGGAAGCACCCCUGCUGUACUCUCUUCACAAGAGCAGGAAAUUCUGUCCACGUCCGGUACAACAUUACAAAGGCGAAGUGUGCUUCGAACUGAGGAAAUAACCAAAUGGCAGGACAACAGGAUGUCUACCAAGCAGGUGACCAUAACUGUGACUCAAAGUAUCCGAAAGGUGGACAAGAGCAGAAAGAUCAAGGAAAAAUCCCAAACCACAUAUGAGGUCACAAAACCAGUGGAAGGUCUAAAGGAUACUAAAGAAUAAGAUG